AUGGGCCAAUCCCAGUCUUCAGAACCUCCCAAAGAGGUUCCUAUCGAACAAUUGAGCCAUGAACUGGCUCUUCGCUUUGCAAGCAAGUGCUUCACACAUUUGGAAAUCACACACUAUAAGGACAACUUCAAGUCCUUAGCCGAUCAUCAAGAAGAUGUAGAGUAUUGGAAGGAAGACACGUUGUGUCGAUUCCUUGCCAUACCAGAAUUACUCCAGGCAGGCUCAGUACUAUAUCAAAUGUGCACCUACCUCGGGGCAUUUCCAUUUCCCAGCCUUGCGCCAUGCAUAUUGACGCGUGAGGCCAUGCUGAAGGUCAUCACGAUCAUGACUGGUCGGUACAAGAAGAUCCUCAAGCGUGGGGAUCAGGACAAAGCAAAACUACUAUUUCGAAGUCUUGCUGUGUUCGAUCGGAGUGCUAGUCAUUCAAACCUGGUGGAGAAACCGACAAUGGAAGAUGUUGUCAAUGAGCAACUACCUGAUGAUAUGAGGGCGGAGAAAGCCAUAGGAACACAUGUAUCCGGAUUUGCAAUUGACGAGCCCGCCAAUGACGACGAAGAGGAGGAUGAGGACGAUCUGGCUCUUGCUGCUCUGGACGCCCUUGAUGCGAUUGAAGUGUUCAAACAGGAUCAGAGGGUUGAUCGGAAAAUUCAUCAUGCCAUGAUCCCCGUGGAAAAUUUCAAAAAGCUUGUGAAACUACUUCUCCUUUUGGCUGGCAUUGAACCGUUGACCCCUUUGGCCAUAUAUGGUGAGAGCCUUACACCUGCAAAGCUGCAGACACUGGAUACCUCAGCGGAUGCAAUAAUUGCGGCUUUCGAUCCCGACCCACAGGCAAAAGGAAUUCGAUAUUCCAACUUUGUUCAGACCAUCACAUCCACUCUCCCAGAUCUAUUCGACCCGUUGAAUGCACUAUUCGAGCACUCCCUCUUCAGCAAAAACAUCAAUCUUUCCAAACACCGAGACAUCUCACUCGACCAUGAAGUGAUCAUACCCCUAAGACCCUCCCCCAUCCGCAAAUCCUCAACUAGCGAUGCUGAUCAAAGCAAGUCAAAUACCAACACCAGCACCUCACUUUUGAACGACACACUCCUCUCGCAAAUUUCCACAAGCCUCAAACUUACCACACCAAGCGGCGUCACCACCAAUAUCUUCACCUCCGGCGCUCGCUUCGAUGCCCUUUACUCAACCUCUAGCCACGGCACAUCUCUCAGCUCCUUCUCGCGCCAAGUCCUCUCCUGGCGAGCGAGCACCCUCAUCAUACUGACUGGAACCACCGAAGCCACAAAUCAAAAGCCUAGCCGAUCCAUCACACUAGCGGCCUAUCUCCCAGAUCGAUGGACCGACUCCUCCCAAACCCACUCACAUCCCCAGUCCACCACAUCAGGCAGUCUCGACCCUACGACACCCAAAGCAAGCCUCCUUCUCCUUCACCCGCGCCAGGCCCUCUUCCCUGCAAACCCCUACAACCACAGCAUGCCCGUCAGCUAUUUUAGCACCCGGACAGGCAUUGCGCUAGGCUGCGUCGUGCCCGCAUCGCAAUCACGCACCUCACACCAAACGGUCCAACCGGCCCUCGGCCCGGUCAGCCUGCUCAUCGACAGCGACCUGUCGACCUGCACAUUCCAACACGACGGCUCUCAAGGGAGCGGCGCCUUCGUGACGGAUCCUGCAUUUGAGCGUGCCCAGCAAAAACAGUCGCCAUCACCACCAUCAUCGAAUACCCUCCCCUGUAAAAUCCAAUUCGACCUCGACGAGCUCGAAGUGUGGGGCGUGUCGAUCCCAGAUCCGGCGGCCGAAGACGGGCAUGACGACGAGAUCACGAAACAGCGAAAGCGGCUGGCAUGGGAAGAGGCCGAGGCGGCGCGGCGGCGAGGCGUCAAUUUUGGGGGCGACAAGGAUGGCGCUCGGGCGUUGCUUGAGAUGGCAGGCAUUGUGGGCGACCAUGGGAACCGUAGCGGUGGGAGUGUUUGA